UAGAAUAUUUUCAAUUGGGCCUGGUGCACCUGGGAUCCCGUGUCGUGGCGGAGGAGCUGGUGAUGGUUGUAGCGAUGUUGGAUUGAUCCGAUAGCCAUUGCAGACAACCAUUUGCUGGAGAUCGAACGAAAACCCUUUUGCUUUGUGUCCUUGGCAGUGAGGUUUCAUGACGACGACGACAGGAAGACUUCGAUGCCAACGAAUUGGCUGCGAUGAGUUCUUCAGCCCCGACAACAACUUGGAGAAUUCCUGUACAUAUCACAGUGGGCCGCCUUUGUUUCACGAUGGAGGGAAAGAGUGGAGCUGUUGUAAACAGCGCAGCCAUGACUUCAGCGAUUUUUUAAGCCUGCCUGGAUGCACAAAGGGAAAGCAUUCAUCUGAGAAGCCCGUAGUUAAGGCAGCUCCUAGUCCUAACGCUAGACUGCCGCAACCGAUCAACACUGGUAACAGUGCUUUAGAUGCCGCUAAAGCCGCAUGUAUACGAUGUCGACAAGGGUUUUUCUGCUCCGAUCAUGGAGCUCAACAACCAACAGCUGGAGUUGCGAAGCCUGUUCCAGCAACCACUGUGCAGACCGCUGCCUCCGAAAGUUCAGGGAUUGUAAAGAAGGCUGUGCCAUCCAAGGUGUUCGAUAUAAAUGCCAAACAAGUAUGUAAACGCAAAGGUUGUGGCAACACGUUUACUGAGAAGGAUAACCACCAAGAAGCUUGCAAUUAUCACCCUGGCCCUGCGGUGUUUCACGAUCGACUUAGAGGGUGGAAAUGUUGUGAUGUGCAUGUAAAAGAAUUUGAUGAGUUCCUGGAAAUACCCCCAUGCGCCAAGGGUUGGCAUGACGCCAAUCCACAGGAUGCGGCGUGAAGGUUCUUUUAUCAAGAUGGACCGCGUGCUAGUUGAAUUUGUGGAUUCUUUCUUAAGGAAGCUGCACUGACAUUUCUGGUUGCUUUAAGGUUACACGGGAAUUCAUUCGCUUGGGUUUAUGCAGUAGUUGGAUUGAUUACAUAACCCCGUAAAGUAAUCAGUCCUACUGCAGUGUGUGUUUCGCAGAAUACUGUCAGUUGGGAUUUACAUGAAAUCUAUCUACAAUCCUCCAUCCACUUACACCAUGGAUGCAUCUUUUAGUUAUCUGGUUUGUUCGUUACACAACGUUUCUUUUGAAUUCCUACAUGUUAGCAGUUUUAGGUAGUAAGAAUGAAGGUAUUAAAUUGUGAAGGAUGGUUUUGCUAUGGUACUGAUGCCAUCCUAAAUCCAACAUCAACAAAUUUAAUUUACCCACAGUUGUAUACAA